CCCCGGGGAGCGGCGCACAGAGCCGACCCCCGGGGAGCGGCGCACAGAGCCGACCCCCGGGGAGCGGCGCACAGAGCCAAACAGGCGCAGAGAGCCGACCCCCGGGAAGCGGCGCAGAGAGCCAAACAACAGGCGCAGAGAGCCGACCCCCGGGAAGCGGCGCAGAGAGCCAAACAACAGGCGCAGAGAGCCGAACCCCGGGGAGCGGCGCAGAGAGCCAAACAACAGGCGCAGAGAGCCGAACCCCGGGGAGCGGCGCAGAGAGCCAAACAGGCGCAGAGAGCUGACCCCCGGGGAGCGGCGCAAAGAGCCAAACAGGCGCAGAGAGCCGACCCCCGGGAAGCGGCGCAGAGAGCCAAAUAACAGGCGUAGAGAGCCGACCCCCGGGGAUGCAGAGAGCAGAGCCGCGGGGUGCAGAGAGCCGACCCCAUAUAUUGCACAAGUGCAUCUUAUAAGGGAUUGUCUCACCACAAAUCCCCUUUCAGCUCAGAACCCUUUUUCCCUGCAGUGGUUGCUGGGGUCAGAGCUCAUAUAACGCAGGCCCCGUCUAUGACAUGUGUCCUAACACAACAUCUGGAAAGGGGCGGGAAAACCUUCAGGACACCAACAUGGAAUUAGGAAUAAAAUGACUUCUUAUAUUUCAGAUUAAAACUCGAAUACAGUGUUAUGUAUGCAGCUCCCAUGCAGGGCCAAGUGUCUCCAUGGUUACAGACUACAUACAAAGAGUGUCAAAUACUAUAAGAGAACACGUGCGGCCGCAUAAUCAAGAAUAAAACAGAACCACACAAUGCGGCACAAGAGGGACAUCUAGUGGUGAGAAAAUGGAAGGACGGCCACCAGUAAAGAGGAUCACUCGAGGUGCAAAAACAAAGGACGAGUUUUGUCAAGACUCAAGAGCUUCAUCCAGGAGUCAAGAGGGGUGGAGGCCAGGAGGUGGUGCAGCUCAGGAGCGGGUGGAGGCCAGGAGGUGGUGCAGCUCAGGAGCGGGUGGAGGCCAGGAGGUGGUGCAGCUCAGGAGCGGGUGGAGGCCAGGAGGUGGUGCAGCUCAGGAGCGGGUGGAGGCCAGGAGGUGGUGCAGCUCAGGAGCGGGUGGAGGCCAGGAGGUGGUGCAGCUCAGGAGCGGGUGGAGGCCAGGAGGUGGUGCAACUCAGGAGCGGGUGGAGGCCAGGAGGUGGUGCAACUCAGGAGCGGGUGGAGGCCAGGAGGUGGUGCAGCUCAGGAGCGGGUGGAGGCCAGGAGGUGGUGCAGCUCAGGAGCGGGUGGAGGCCAGGAGGUGGUGCAGCUCAGGAGCGGGUGGAGGCCAGGAGGUGGUGCAGCUCAGGAGCGGGUGGAGGCCAGGAGGUGGUGCAGCUCAGGAGCGGGUGGAGGCCAGGAGGUGGUGCAGCUCAGGAGCGGGUGGAGGCCAGGAGGUGGUGCAGCUCAGGAGCGGGUGGAGGCCAGGAGGUGGUGCAGCUCAGGAGCGGGUGGAGGCCAGGAGGGGUUGGAGGCCAAGAAGGGUGGAGACCAGGAGGAGGUGGGGUACAGGUCAGGAGUGGGUGGAGGGCAGGUAUUUUUACCCAGCAUGCACCCAUACAAUGCUGAUGACACUUUUUGAUAUGUUUGGAGACCUCUUGCUUGCACCUCGGGUGAUCUUCUUUACUGUUCCCCGGCUUUCCAUGUUCUCACCACUAGUUGUCCCUCUUGGGCCACGUUGUGCAGUUCCGUCAUUUUCUUCUAGAAUAUGCGCCCGCACCCGUUUCUGUGUACAUGGGACUGAGAGGUUUGGCCUUUGCUGGUUAGUGUUCACCACACGUGUCUGCAACACAAACCUGUCUAAAAAGUGGCCUCUGUGUAGUAUGACCCUGCACUCACACUCCCUGUGCCUCUGUGUAGUAUGACCCUGCACUCACACUCCCUGUGUAGUCUGACCCUGCACUCACACUCCCUGUGCCCCUGUGUAGCAUUACCCUGCACUCUCACUCCCUGUGCCUCUGUGUAGCAUUACCCUGCACUCACACUCCCUGUGCCCCUGUGUAGUAUGACCCUGCACUCACACUCCCUGUGUAGUCUGACCCUGCACUCACACUCCCUGUGCCCCUGUGUAGUAUGACCCUGCACUCACACUCCCUGUGCACCUGUGUAGCAUUACCCUGCACUCUCACUCCCUGUGCCCCUGUGUAGCAUGACCCUGCACUCUCACUCCCUGUGCCCCUGUGUAGCAUGACCCUGCACUCUCACUCCCUGUGCCUCUGUGUAGUAUGACCCUGCACUCACACUCCCUGUGCCCCUGUGUAGUAUGACCCUGCACUC